AUGAGUGCACCUGCAAGAUCACCCAGUGUAUCUGAUGAGAAUAGCAGUUUGGCGAAGGGUAUAGCACCAUCCGGAGGCUGUGGUGGUAAAGAUGCACAAACACAGCAGAAAAAACGGUCGAGUACGCUGCUCGGGGUGCCCAGGAAGGCAUUGAGUACAGUGACGGUGAAUACAAAGAAGAAGCAACAUCGUCCCAAUCUUCAACAGCAGCAGCAGCAGUACGAUGAUGAUGAUGCUGUUAGGAAUCGCACGCGAUCUGCAUCAAAAAAACGGGCGAUCUACCAUGAUAGUGAUGGCGAGGAGGAAACCGAGACUGAGAGUGAACCUGAAAAGCAUACAAGUAGUAGGAAGAAGAAAAAACAGCAAUGUGCAUCUCCGAAAGUGGCAAAGCCUGCUACUAGCGGUGCUGUUGACGGAGCUGCUGCUGCUGAGGACGGUGCUGUUAGCCAACUGAGAACGCCUCAGUCUUCGGUAAAGACCGUUCCUUUGAUACAGAAACCAUUUCCACACAAGGAUUUGGAUUCCCUCGAGGCUGAUGACGUUACGAUGUGUGUAGACUACACAAAUGAAAUAUUUGCACAUCUACUACGUAGAGAACAACAAACAACAUGUCUAAAGAACUAUGUGCAGGAUAAACAGUUUAAGUUUUACAUCAGACCGUCCAUGCGUGCUAUCCUUGUGGAUUGGCUCAUUGAAGUGCAUUUAAAGUUCCAACUUCUUCCAGAGGCAUUGUAUUUGUCGAUCAACAUUAUGGAUCGUUACUUGUCCUCGAACAAAGUAUCUUUAUCCAAGCUACAGCUUGUAGCUAUCACUUCGCUUUUAAUAGCUGCCAAGUUUGAAGAGGUUAAUCUCCCCAAGCUCUCCAAUUAUGUCUAUAUUACAGAUAAUGCCUACACGAUGGAUGAAAUCAAGCUUUCAGAGUGCAAUAUUCUAAACUCCUUGGAAUUUAACAUUGGUUGGCCGAAUCCAAUGAACUUCUUAAGGAGAAUUUCCAAGGCAGACAAUUACAACCAUAAUACGAGAAACUUUGCCAAAUUGUUUCUCGAAUUUGGAAUGUGUUGUUCAAAAUUUAUACACGUGGUACCGUCCGUGAUGGCUGCUGUUUCGAUGCAUUGCGCCAUGCGAUUAACAUACGGAGAUGAUAAAUUUGAAUGGGAUGAUACCCUAGAAUGGUACAGCUCAAUGGCUACUAAAUCACCAAAUCACGAUUUUGAAAAGUUAUGCAAUGAUCUAAUAAUAGAAUUCCAAGAACCCACUACACAGCUAAACGCUUUAAGUUACAAGUAUAAGAAACUUGGCCUUUGGGAUACUGUGAAAAACUGGUGUGAUGAACAAAAGAUUGUCAAGUGA